GUGAGAGGAUGCACAUACUUUCGGUAUCUUUUGCUCUGCUUACGUACACCGGCUACUGGCGACCGGUGAAUUGGCCGGUUAACUCUAUUAAAUAUUGGAUGUAUAACGUCUACUCCGCCUUCAUGUUUAUAUUGCUACAGUUGUUCACUUUCUACGGACUAGUAGACACUCUCCUGUCGGUGAACUUGCAGGAAUUCGUGGAUAAAUGUUUCCUGUACCUCUCGAUCCUCGGCGUUUCCAUCAAGGUAGUGUACAUCUUUAUGCAUCGUCAAGAGAUCAUCGAUCUAGACAAGAUGCUGUUGAAGGAGAACUGCAUACCUCGAGACGCCGAUGAAGAGUCGAUUCAGCAGAAAUUUGACCGAAACGCAAGAAGGAUUACGAUUGCUUGCGAGGUCUUGAACGAGUGCUGUGUGAUGUUUGCGACCUUCGUACGGUUCUAUCCGCUCCUGAAGACGCGCACUUUACCAGUGUACAAUUGGGCGCCCUUCGACCUCUCGUCGAUGGCAGUCUUCCUGCCUAUGCUGAUCUAUCAGUCAUUGGCUUUAUGUCUGUGCGCCAAUUCCAGCGUCGCACAUGAGACUCUAAUCUCUGGUCUUAUGAUCCAAAUUUGUGCUCAAUUCGAGAUUUUGUGCCAUCGUGCUCAUAUAAUGCCGAUAUUGCUAACGCAAGCUGAAAAGGACAGCAAGUCGGAGCAGGAUUUGAGAGCGCGCGAGAAAUCGAUUAUCCGCGAUUUGGUACAGCAUCAUCUUCACGUGUAUAAAUUCGCACAUAUGGUCAAUGACGUUUUUGCAUUGAUCAUGUUCAUCCAAUUCGUCAUGAUCUCUCUCGUUCUGUGCAUGAGUGUUUAUAGAAUGUCCAACAUGACAUCUUUAUUUACGCCUGAAUUCGCGCAUAUCUUUUCUUACCUGGCUUCGAUGCUGAUGCAGAUAUUUCUUUAUUGUUGGUACGGAAAUGAGGUAACGCUGAAGAGCGCUGAAGUUUGCCAUGCUAUCUACGAAAUGAACUGGACACCAUUGAGAAUCCGAAUAAUGAAGGAUCUCAACAUAAUAAUGAUGCGCGCUUCUAAACCUUUCACGAUGUCAAGCGGUUACGUGGUGACUUUAACCGUCGAUUCCUUCAUGAGCAUUCUCAAAAUAUCCUAUUCGACGUACAACUUUCUGAAAGAUUCUUAGAUACAGAAGAAUAAAGUGUGUAGAAUAAAUAGAUCGACUUCUUCACAAACACAUGUCGUCUAUAUUUAAAUAAUUAUU